CAACCGUUACGAUUUAGGAAGCUGUCAGUUGGUUAUUUCGGCCUUGUAAAAACUGACUAAAUAAACUUGUUAUAAAACGUAACCAUAACUUCAGUUAGUGAUGUAGUAUUGAUUAGUUUGUUAGUUUAAUAAUGUUCCAUGGCUCAAAAUUAACCGGCAAAUAUAAGAUUCGGACGGAUUCCAACCGCCUAAGCUAACUUAGCUAAGCUAAUUAGCAACUCUUGUUAUACCAAAGAAGAGGCUAACUGAGGAUUUGUCCAGCUGAUGGUUGGAGUGACCUGAAGCUUCAACGGCGGAGGAACAGUGUGAAAUCAACUGUUUACGUUGCAGAGACGAGGCGACGAUGUGAAGAAAAAGAGAAAAGUUGAUGAAGUGGCUUCACAUUAAAGAACCAGCUGAGAACGCCAUGGCCUUUCUGAGACAAACUCUCGCCUCCCUCCCUGGCUGUCCUCCUCCAGCUGGAUCAGAGAUCUCAGUCGGAACCAGAGGGGAGAGGCGGUCUGUCGGCAUCUCUGCAGCCUCCCUGCAGCUUCACCAUGGAUCUGCGGACUAUAAGGGUGUUUGGGAUUACGGCUCGGGUCGCCCUGCUGCUGUGCGGGGUGAGCGGGACAGCAGCGCAAGAGGUGUGUGACAGCGCGCUGGUUUCCAAUCUGCCGCCGUCAUCCUUCAGGAGCUCCUCCCAGCUGUCCAGCAGCCAUGCACCGGGUUUCGCCAAGCUCAACCGGAGAGACGGCGCUGGAGGCUGGUCUCCUCUUAGUUCGGACAGGUAUCAGUGGCUGGAGGUCGACUUGGGUGAGCGAACCAAGAUCACAGCUGUCGCCACACAGGGCCGCUACGGCAGCUCUGAUUGGCUGACGUCUUACCAACUGAUGUUCAGCGACACGGGACAUAACUGGAAGCAGUACAGACAGGAGGACAGCAUAGGGUCUUUUCCAGGUAACUCUAACGCAGACAGCGUGGUUCAGUACAAGCUGCAGCAGCCUGCAGUCGCUCGCUUCCUGCGCCUCAUUCCCCUGGACUGGAAUCCCGCCGGGCGGAUCGGACUGCGCCUGGAGGCCUACGGAUGUCCUUACACCUCAGAUGUGAUGGGCUUCGACGGCGGCAGCAGCCUGAUGUACCGGCCGGGUCCGAUGCCGAGGCAGGGGUUGAAACAGAUCAUCUCCCUGAAGUUCAAAACUCUGAGGAACUCCGGGACGCUGCUGCACGCCGAAGGACGGGAAGGGUCAGGCCUCAGCCUGCAGCUGGAGAGGGGGAAGCUGCAGCUGCUGCUCAGAGGAGUCACCUCUUCGUCCUCUGAGCCCCGUCGGCUGACGUCCCUCGGCAGCCUGCUGGAUGACCAGCACUGGCACCUCGUCAUCCUGAGACAGAGAAACUCCCAACUCAACCUCACUGUGGACAAACACACGCAAACGGUCCAAACCGCUGAAGAAUUCAGCCUCUGGGACGUUAAACUGCUGAUUGUAGGAGCGUCGCAGAAUCCAGGCGCCGCCAGGAAAAACUUUCUAGGCUGCCUGGAAAACCUGAUGUACAACGGUGUUAACGUAACAGAACUAGCUAAAAACAAUGACCAGCAGGUUAGCAUCAAGGGCAACGUGACCUUUUCUUGUGCCGAGCCAGUUGACGUUGCCGCGACGUUCCCGGGACCCCACAGCUUCCUCUGGGUGCCGUGGACGAUGCCAUCCGCGUCAUCAGGGAUGUCCGUAGGGUUUCAGUUCAGGACGUGGAACAAGGCCGGGCUUCUGCUCACCUUUGACCUCCCCAGGCAAGGAGGCGAGGUGUGGCUGUACCUGGCAGAGGCGAGUCUUCGCCUGCAGAUCCAGAGAGGAGGCAGAGCGCUGCUGGAGCUCAGCGCCGGAUCUGGGUUGAAUGAUGGUCAGUGGCAUUCGGUGGAUCUGACCUCCAAGCCCGGCCGCCUCACCGUCUCUGUGGACAAACAGGAAACUGGCGUUGCUCACGCUUCCCCCUCGUUUCCUGUCUCGGUGUCGAACAAGAUCUUCUUUGGAGGUUGUCCUGCUGACGAUUAUAAUCAGGAAUGUAAAAACCCUCACGACACUUUCCAGGGCUGCAUGCGUCUCCUUGCUCUGGACAACCAGCCAGUCGACCUCCUCAUGGUGCACCAAAGGCUUCUGGGAAACUACAGCCAACUCCAGAUCGACAUGUGCGGCAUCAUCGACAGGUGCUCUCCCAGUCACUGUGAACAUGGCGGCCUCUGCAGUCAGACCUGGACCGUCUUCCACUGUAACUGCUCCGACAGCGGCUACAGCGGCGCCACCUGCCACAGCUCGGCAUAUGAAGAGUCCUGUGAAGCGUACAAACACAGCAGCAACACGUCGGGAUAUUUUUACAUCGACGUGGACGGCAGCGGACCCAUCAAACCGCAGCUGGUCUACUGCAACAUGACAGAUGAGAACACCUGGAUGGUGGUCCAGCACAACAACACAGAGCUGACCAAAGUUCGACCCUCUCCGGGCAAAAACCAGCAUUUGGUUCACUUUGACUACAUGUCUGAAGAGGAACAACUACUUGCCAUCAUCCACCAAUCAGAGCAUUGCCAACAGGAACUGUCCUAUCAGUGCAGGAAGUCCCGCCUACUCAACACACAAGAGGGGUCUCCGUUCAGCUGGUGGCUCGGCGGGCCCGGUACCGGCCUGGUCCAGACCUACUGGGGAGGAGCUCAUCCAGGCAGCCAGCAGUGUGCCUGCGGCCUGCAGGGCGACUGCGUGGAUCCGCAGCUUUACUGCAACUGUGAUGCCGACCGGAUGGACUGGAGCGAAGAUUCUGGUUUUAUUUCCCAUAAGGAGAGCCUGCCGGUCCGAUCGCUGGUGCUCGGUGACGUUCAGCGUUCCGGUUCAGAAGCUGCUUACAGGGUGGGAUCGCUCCAAUGUCACGGCGACAAAAACUUCUGGAACGCAGCAUUUUUCGACCAGGAAACAUCGUACCUCCACUUCCCCACCUUCCACGGAGAGCUGAGCGCAGACGUCUCCUUCUUCUUUAAGACCACUGCUUCCUUCGGGGUGUUCCUGGAAAACCUGGGCAUCAAAGACUUCAUCCGCAUCGAGCUGAGCUCCUCCACUCAGGUUAUUUUCUCCUUCGAUGUUGGAAACGGCCCACUGGAGGUUAUUGUUGAGUCGAGUUACCCGCUCAACGACGACCGGUGGCAUCGCAUCCGAGCGGAGCGGAACGUGAAGGAGGCGUCACUCCGUCUGGACGACCUUCCAGUCGCCACCCAGGAGGCUCCAGCUGACGGACACAUCCACCUGCAGCUCAACAGCCAGCUCUUUAUAGGAGGCACGGCGUCCAGGCAGAGGGGUUUCAGAGGCUGCAUCCGCGCUCUGCAGCUGAACGGUGUUACUCUGGACCUGGAGGAAAGGGCGAAGAUCACGCCCGGCGUUCGGCCCGGCUGCCCGGGUCACUGCAGCAGCUACGGCUCGCUGUGCCAGAACCAGGGCCGCUGUGUGGAGAGAGCCGCUGGCUUCCACUGCGACUGCAGCCUGUCUGCUUACACUGGAGUUUUCUGCCAAACAGAAGUGUCAGCCGACUUUAAAUCUGGGACGUCGAUCAGCUACACCUUCAAAGAGCCCGACGAGCUGAGCAGAAACAGCAGCGACCUGCCCUCCUCCAUCUACUCUGACCCGCUUCCCAGAGGAGAAAACGUCUCCCUGAGCUUCAGGACGACUCAGAGUCCGGCGCUGCUGCUCCACGUCAGCUCCCACUUCAACCAGUAUCUCGCUCUGCUCAUCAACAGGCACGAUGAGCUGGAGCUGAGGUACAAGCUUGACAGCGGCAGAGCUGCAGAGGUGCUGAGGAGCAGCAUGAGAGGACUGGCCAACGGGCUGCUGCACACCGUUACCAUCAGGAGGUCGGCCGACUCCGUGUCCAUGCAGAUCGACGAUAACGCCAGAGAGGACUUCAACCUGAGCUUUGCUGGAGAACUUGGCAGCCUCAGGUCUCUCGUUCUGGGCCGAGUGCUGGAUUCGGACUCCUUGGAUCCGGACCUGGCCCGGCUCGGCGCGCUCGGCUUCGCCGGCUGUCUCUCUGUGGUUCGGUAUAACUCCAUCAGCCCUCUGAAAGCGGCUCUGCUCCACCCAGACUCCAGCCCAGUCGUCGUCCUCGGACCCUUGGUCCGGUCCAACUGCGGCUCGUCGGCUUCAGCCAAUCCCUACUCAGCUGAGAACACGCACCACCUGUCAGACCAGUCUGGUUCUGCUGGUUCUGGACAGCCUCUGGUGAACGCCAUGAAGUCGGACUCGGCAUUAAUCGGAGAUAUUAAAAACAAAGUAGUGCAUGGAGUUGAACCAGAUGAGCAGGAUCCAAGGUGCAGAAACUCAGAUGGCCACUGUGUUCUCCUUCUCCAGCCCAUUUAAAUAUCCUCAUUGUUGAUCUAAUUAUCCGGGGAACCGUGGAGCCGCAGCUUUGCCCCCAGUGUGACCUGCUGGAGCCUCACAGAUCCUGGAUAAUCCACCUGCCUGAACGUCACGAUCUGCCCGUUUGCUCAACACAGGCAUAAAAACUCCAGAUUUGCCACCUCGGGGUAUUUCUCCCCUGUGGUGCAGGAAUGACAGCUUUAUCUUUAUCGUAUAAAUUCACAAUCAAGCAACACAUGAAACGACUUCAGGCUUCCUGCGGUUAUUUCCUGUCUGGAUGGAGUUGCUCUGGGAGGAAGGAGUGUGUCAGGAGGAAACCUGCACUCAGCAUUCUGCAGGAUUCUGAUUAUAAUGUCAGAACUGUCAGACCCAAGAUAAAAGACAAUGCUCUGCUUUUAUUUUUUACUUUUGGCUUGAACUUUGCAAAAUCUCCACAUUUGUUGGCUUAUUUUCAUUUGUUUGUGUUCUUUGCAGUAUGUAGCCGUCAGAUUCGCAACAAAGCGAGUUUUUCUUUGUUCAGACAAGCAGCUUCUGUCAGGUGAGAGAAACACGGUGCUUCAAGUUCAAAACAACCUUGGAUUUCAAACACAGCUCUUCUUUUUGAACCAAAUCCAGCAGCUUUCUUCAUCCGUUGCUCCAACAACUCUGAGUCUCCAUGUUCCACAUGGAAAUAGUUUCUCUGUAAAGGAUUAAGUUUAAGCGAGUUAAGUUAACUAAACAACCAAUAUUUAGUAUUUUUAAUGUCCAGUUUAUUUGGUUCUUUGGAUCAAGACAUGUCCUCACUAAAGUUAGAUUUGGUAAGUCUAAAGCCCUUAUCAUAAACAUUAGUUCUGCUAAUGCUAAUGUGCUACACUAACCCAAUAUUUAGCACAAGCUAAUGCUAAAGCGCAAACUUCAAUUUAACUUAUUGUAUUCAUAUUUAUAUUUUGUCCGUUCUUUACUUUUUUCAGGUGUCUGUUGAUUGGAAUAAAGUGUUUAGGUAAUUUAAAAAAAAAGAACAGGAAGAGAGGAAAUGGAGCUGCCCUUCAGAAUAAGAGCAUGAACAUGAGAAAUUCUUAACG